UUAAGUCCAUGUUAAAUGACCAAAAUACCCUUGCUUAUUAACAAAUACAUAAACAGAUCAAUCUCUCACCUCUCCCUAACUCUCUUUCUCUCUCUCUCUCUGCUCUCUCUCUCUAGUUCUUUAUUCUCACCACCACCCACCCUACCACCACUACCACACACCUGCGGCCACCGCCACCUAACCACACCGCCGCCUAACCACGCCGCGUUUGGGAUAAAAUUCAGGAACUUAUCAAUCAAGAUUCACAAAGCAAAGCUUCAAGAUUUCGCCAGAAUAAUUACAUCCGACAGGACCCAACAAUCCAAACGAAUCCCUAAAUCCCUUUCCAACAAGAUCCGAGUUGUGCCUCCACCGGAACCCGCGAAACCCAAGGGGGUCCGGAUUGUUCAUUCGGAGAAGCAACAACAGAGGUUGAAGAUAAUGGAUGAGAGUUCGUCGAUGAACCGCCGGAUCCCCUUGGCGGAGGUGGUGCUGGAGUGCUCGAGACGGUGGUUUCAAGAUACCCUUAAGGAGGCUAAAGCCGGUGACACGAGUAUGCAGGUGUUGGUGGGUCAGAUGUAUUGUAGUGGUUAUGGUGUUGUUAAAGAUGCACAGAAGGUGUUCGACCAUUUGCCCCACUUAUUAUUUCCUUUAUUUGUUCACUUCCUUACAUUUUAGAUUUAUAUAUUUUUGAAGUGCUUAUUGAUGAAGUGACCAUAUUAUCAAAA